AUGGGCGGUGCGUUUCGUCUCGGGCUCGGAAAGACACCAGGGGUGGAAGCAUCUGCCAGGGGAAGACGGACGAGGGAGGGCACCGUGUCGACCUGCCAGCGGAAGCACUGUGCUGCUCCCAUUUGUCAGGCACGCGCUUGCUUUCACGCCGGAUGCCUCUCUGCCUCACAUUCUGUUUUCCCCGGAUUUCAGACGAAGCUGCUGAUGCUUGUUUCGCUGCCGAAUACAAGUCACAGCCUCAGACAUAAAACACACUUCUCUCUUUCUCUCAUUCUCUCCAUCUCCCUCUCUCAUUCUCUCUAUCCCCCUCUCUCCCUCUCCCUCUCCCUCUCCCUCUCCCUCUCCCUCACUCUCACAUCAACAGGGAACGCAAGUUGGCAGCUGCAGCGAAGUCGCCGGUGCGUCUGCAAAUUGCAGCCCCAACUCCUGAAGACUUGCAUUUCGUCGCGCCACCAUCUCGAUUUACAAAGGCAGAUUCUGACCAAUGGGAGACUCCAGUUCGGGAUACCGCCGGCUUCGCUGCCGGACUGGCGCGGGCUGGCGACUCGAAAUUGCACCGUAUCAGAAUCCACGGCUCCGCCACCCAGCUUCCAACUGUCGCCCCACCCCCAAAAUCAAUUGGCCCUCCAAUCGCUGCCCCUGAGAAAAGAUUCCGUUCCCACCAAGGUUUCGACAGGGAACACCUGGCAGGGCGGGCCAAGGCACAUCAACGCCAAAGCUUGGUCUUCGAGAAGCACAUCGAUGACGACGACCUUCAGAAUGGAUUCCUCUUUGAGAAAGGAAAAAAACAAGGAAUCUAUCCCACUAUUUGACCCUCUCUCCAUACAACAACUCAGCUUAUCGGAGACAUCCCAUUGGCAAACUGUCAAAACUGGUCAAAAGCCAGAUGGCCGGACUAGUAGCGACUCGGGCGACAGGACGGCAUAUGCUGGCCACAGAUGCUGGAUACUACUGCAAAAGAAUCCCCUGAUCUCUCGACCACGACAUCACGUAGCAUCUCGAGGAUUCGAGGGAACCGACAACUGGGCUGUGUUUCUUGUCAGUGGUCCAAUGCAGCUAAAGCCCUCUGGACACGAGCAUAAUCGAUCCACGACGUGCCGGACUGGGCCAGUGGCAAACACCUUUCGAUGA